CCAGAUCCUGAAGCGUGGAAGCCCCCAUCAGGCUCAGCGAGCCGUGGCAGACAGGGUGCAGGCAGGCAGAAUGGCAGAGAGAAAGAGGCUGCCAUGCUGCAGCGUUACCGAUGACGACGCCGGGCAGUGCAGCGCAAGUUGCAAGCAAGAAACCCGGGCAGGUCCUGAGGCCGGACGGACACGCCGCCCUGCUCCCUACGGAUCCUGUGCCCAGGUACAAGGAGCCUGACUCGCGCGGGGGAGAGGCGGAGGCGCCGCCGGCGCUGUCGCCUUUCAUUCGCUGCCUGCCUGCCCGCCGCAACUUGUUUGCUUGCCUGCUUUGCUUUGCUUUGCUUUGCUUGUCCACUGCCCAGCAGCCUGCGGUUUGGCGGCUGCCACAGCCCGGACGUCGCACCGCGCGACGCCUCUUCUGGCCCGCCAGUCUGCCACGCCCACGCCCUCGCCCGCACCCUCGCUCUCGCCCCCGGAAACCCCGUCGUCAUCACCGUCGUCGUCGUCGUCGUCGUCGUCGUCGUCGUCCGCCGCGUCAAACUUGGUCUGGGCUUUUGCUUUGAUGUCCGCUAGCUUCUAUGGCCUCUGUGAGAUGAAAGUGCCAUGCUACGUGCCUGCUUCGCGUGCCUUUUCAGGAAUACUCCAUAAUCGAGCUUGAUAAUUCACUGAUUGAUCUGCCUGCUUUGUGUUGUGUUUGUGUGUUUGUGUGUGCGUGUGCGCGCGUUGGAAGCUAG